AUGGAUUUGGAAGAAACGGCGUCGUCUGUGACGAAGAAUCAAAAGAGGGGUUUCUAUACGUUUGCUUUGAGAUUAUGUACAGUGAUAGUUUUCUCGGUCGUCGGCUUCUUCUUAUUGUCGUUUCUAUUAGGGAUCCUAGUGGUUCUACUCGGUGAAUUGUGGGUUUCUUCUUCUUCUUCCUAUGCUUCUCUUGCUUCUCGCUGCAAAAUCGUUUCCAGCUGUCUUCAAAAGUGUGUGGUUGAGAGAGAUAAAUUCAAAUGUCGCUAUGAUUAUAAUUGGGCUUCUGUCUUCAAGGUGAAUGAAACUUAUGAUUGUUGGCACACACUAAGUAUUCCAAAGAUCAAGCUUUAUCGGGAUGGCUUUUUCGGUUGCCAAGCAGAUGAUCUUUCUUUCACCGACAUUUUUAAACAAUACGAUGUCUUUGUAAAUGGAAGACGGAAGUACUGGAGAUAUGAUGUGAUCGCUGGCAUUGUAUCAGGCUUCUCAACUUCUAUAAUCACAGUCUUCAUCAUACGGAUCUUAAGACAUGCAAAGUCUUGGUUCCCUCGAGCUUGUUGUUCAGUUAAGAACCAGAUUUCUAAAGUGAAUCUCUUGGUGCAAGUGAAGCGUGCUUGUUUGGUUGUUGUUUACUUCUCCAUUCUCGGAUGGAUGGCUACACAGUACUUGAAAAUUCUUUUUCUAAAGGCUUAG